AUGCUCCGGGCCGGCAUGUCCCUGAAACUUGCCCUAAUCGGGCUCCUCCUCUCCUUCACCGGAGCCUGUCCCACUCCCACGGCCCCGGCCGUCACGCCGACUACGACAGACAUGGCCGACCGGCUCGUUUUCUGUCAUUUUAUGAUCGGCAUUACAAGCAACCGCCAGAGUGCUACGGAGUAUGACGAUGACAUGAAGCGCGCCAAGGCCGCGGGCAUCGAUGCCUUUGCCUUGAAUAUCGGCACCGACGCCUACACCGACACCCAGCUGGGCUUUGCGUACGAGUCUGCCGCCCGCAAUGGGAUGCAUGUUUUUCUCUCUUUCGACUUCAACUGGUGGAGUCCCAGCCAGGGCACCGCCGUCGGCGCCAAGGUCAAGCAGUACGCCCACCACGCCGCCCAGCUCAAAGUGGACGGCAAAGUGUUCGUCUCCUCGUUCGCUGGUGACGGCGUGGAUGUCAACGCGAUCAAUUCGGCAGCCGGCCAGGAUGUCUUCUUUGCUCCGAACUUCCACCCGGGCCAGGGCGACUUCGACGCCAUCCAGGGCGCGCUGAAUUGGAUGGCCUGGCCGAACAACGGCGACAACAAGGCGCCCACCAGAGCACACAAAAUCACGGUGGUGGACGGGGAUAAGGCUUAUCUCACGGCUCUAAAAGGGAAGCCCUAUAUUGCGCCUGUUUCACCGUGGUUUUCAACCCAUUUCGGCGGCGAGGUCUCCUACAGCAAGAAUUGGGUCUUCCCGUCCAACCUACUGUGGUAUGACCGAUGGCGGGAGAUCCUGGCGCUGCGUCCCCGGUUUGUGGAGAUCAUCACCUGGAAUGACUACGGCGAGUCCCAUUAUGUCGGACCUCUCUCAUCGCCGCACACGGAUGACGGUGCCUCGAAAUGGGUCAUGGACAUGCCCCAUGACGGUUGGCUCGAGAUGUCGAAGCCGUUCAUUGCCGCGUACAAGGCCGGCGUCACGGAUGCCCGGCGCUACAUCACCGCGGACAAGCUGGUGUAUUGGUACCGCCCCACCAAGAAGAACGUAAACUGCGAUGCGACCGACACUACGAUGGACGGCACCGCAAACAACGCCAGCGGCAACUUCUUUGCGGGCCGGCCAAACGGCUGGGAGACGAUGGCCGACGAGGUCUUUGUCGUCACGCUGCUCCAGUCGCCCGCCCGCGUGGCCGUGCAGUCCGGCGACCAGUCGCGUGUCUUCCAGGCGCCGGCGGGCAUCAGUGCGCACUCGGUGCCAAUGGGCGUGGGCCAGCAGCGGUUUGCGGUGACUCGGGAUGGCCGGACCAUCCUCGCGGGCACGAGCUGGAAGGACAUUGUCGACACGUGCAUUUGUGGAAUUUACAACUUCAAUGCGUAUGUGGGGACGUUGCCGGCGCCAGCUAGGAUUGACCAGCUCCGGCCAGCCGGCUUGGCCAUGUUAUCCCAGGGGCUGAAGGUCGCGUGCCCAACGAAUACCCUGGGCGCGAGCCUCAGCGAGAGUACAGGCACCCGUAUAAGCGGAGCCGGUACAUAA